AUGAGUGUUGCAUCUGAAAUCUGGAUUGGCGAACUUAGAAAUUACAAAUACGCUUUACGUCUUGAUAGAGAAGAGUAUCCAGCAGUGCUUGUCUACGAAUAUGACUCGUCUUCUACUAGAAACUAUCUUUUUACCAUAGAGUACAGCGAUAGCAGGCCAAACUGGCAACUUAUUACUCGUGAUGCGGCCUUAACAGCUUACGAUUUACUCAACAGAGGCGGCGAGUUUACAACACUCAGCUUCCCGGGAGCCACUAUUCGCCGUUCAGUCAGUGAGCUGUCCCGACUUCAUUAA